AUGUCAAAUCUUGUUUCUAGAUUGAGUGGAAAAAGAUGGCCUUAUCUCAACAGAUGGACAGAGAAAUCUACCUCUGCGUCGGUCUCUGCUUCUGUGGUUGAGGGUUUUGUGGCUAAUCCUUCUCAUUCAGCAAACAAGGAAGACAAGUCAGUGGUGGCUACUGCUCCGGCAACUAAGGCUGCUACUAGUCAAGUGGAGGUUGAUGCUACAGAGAUAGAUGUGCUCUCUCCGCGUAACAGAGACUCUACUUCAGAGUGUGGAAAGAAUGGAAAAUCAAAGGUGUCUAACUCUGCACCGUUGGUACGCAAACCAGAGCCCUUGGGCAAUCAUCAAUCUCGUUUAGGAGCUUGGGCUAAACCUAUUAAAAUCAACUCAAACUCAUCAUUGAUGGAUGAUACUAUCUGUGUUGGCGGAGAAGUAGAUUCUGUUAUCUCUUCACCAGAAGCCUGGCCAGCCUUGACAGUUCAUAGCUUGAAGAAAAAGGGAAAUGUAGCAGCUUCACGUAAAUCCUUUAAGGAUGUCACGCAGGCUCCUCAGAAUUCAGUUGGAAAGGAAGACAAUCUUCGUUUUCCCUGGGCGGCAAAGAUGAAUCCAUCAUCUCGAAAUCUGUAUAGAGCAACAGAGCCAGAAUACUUAGAGGAUGGCACUCCUAAGGUAAUGAUUCCUAAGCAUGUUCUGUUAAAAGGUUUAGAGAACCAGAAGGAGUACAUCUUAGGCCAGUUCUAUAGAUGUUUACCUCCGCCAGGUGGUCUAAUCUUUGCGGUUUUCAAUAAGUUGUGGGGGAGGAAUUGCAAGAUCACUAUUAGGAAGUUGGGUGAAUGCAAUUAUCUUUUCCAUAUACCUGACAAAGAAACUAGGAAUUGGGUUCUUCAAAGGGGUCUUUGGCAUGUUGAUGACUGCUUGAUGUUUGUUGCUUCAUGGACUCCAGAAGCGACUUUAGAAAUCCCUGAGAUUAAGACUAUGCCUGUUUGGGUUACCUUAAAAAAGAUACCCAACAUCUUGUAUUCAAUCUCUGGAGUUAGCCACAUUGCUUCUGGUUUAGGUGCACCAAUGGCAACUUACAAACCUCGUUUGGAUCCCAUUCUUCUAGGUGAAGCCAAAAUUUUGGUAGAAGUAGAGUUGAGCAAAGCUUUCCCACCUAGAAUUGCUGCAAGUGAUGAUAGUGGGUUUAUAUCUAUGGUGGAUGUAGAAUACGCUUGGUUACCUACUAAAUGUAGUAGAUGUGGGGAGUUGGGACAUAAGAUUAGACGUUGUCUGAAAUCUGCUCAAGAGGAAGACAAUGUCGCUAGUUUUGUUGCUCCUACUUCUGUACCGUGUUCUACACAACAAACGGCUCCUUCUGUUCAAGCAGGAACCUAUGAGACAACUGCCCCUUCAGAACUUGUUAUUCCAGAUUCAGUUAAUGAACCAAGCCCGAUUGAUCCAAGCUCCGAUGAACUUAGUUCCCUUGCUACAGUCUCAAUACUUGAGAAUAUGUCUGCUCAAAAAGCUCCUACAAUCGUUCUAGUUAAUGAAACUAUUGAGACUCCUAUUACGGAGUCUGCUCAGACAACAACAACCACCACUUCUAUUGAGACUCCUAAUGUGGCGUCUGCUCAGAUUACAACAGUCAGCGAUGUCACAGUUGCUCAAGAACCCUCUACCGUCCAUGAUAACCGCAGUAAGAUAACUGAACCUGAUUUUGGUUCUAAUAGGUUUGGCUCAUUGAUCUCUACCGAAGGAGAUGGAGACUCGAUGGAUUCCGACAAUGAGUCGGAUUCGUCGGAACUCAUGACACCUACAGGUAAAAGGAUCCUUCGAGCAAGACCAGUUAAACCAUCAACAAAAGCUAAAGAGAUGCAGGUCACGGCUCGUGGACGGGGAAAUCGAGGACGUGGAAGCCGAGGUGGACGAGGCUAG